UUCAAUAUGAUUGAAUUAUUUUUAAUCUUUUUGUUUUUUCUGGACGGCGGAUUUGCGAUUAUAUACGAAUUAAAUGAUACUGAAUAUAAUAAAAUGCCACCAAUGUUCCGAUUGGAACCGUAUGCUCCGUGCGUGGAGGAGCCCGGCGGGGUUUACUGCGCGGUGGAGCUGACCCUUGUCGCGGAUGAUGCCAACCCGUUGAUGACAAUGAUCCAGGAAUAUUCAGCAAGAAGAGAAAUGCACUUUAACCAUUCAAGAUUACACCGUGGUAUUUGCGUCACUAAAACCUGCAAAGAUUAUCUCAGCCAGAAUACUUCUGCGGACCUGAAAUUGGUCCUUGAGGGAUGCCUCAAUGAUUCUCUAUGGGCAGAAUAUAAUUUGAAAAGCAAAUUGUCAAGUGAAGUUCUUUGUAACGAUUUGGAUAAUAAAAUGGAUAUAGACUUUGGAGAUAUCGCCGUUGCUGUUAUUUGUCUGUCUAUAGUGUUGCUACACGUUGUUGGGAAUCUGUACGAUUUCUUCUAUGUUCCUAACAAAGAUAGGAAAGGUAUGUAUUAUUUAAAUCUAAAAUUAAAAUCUUGUAACUUGUAG